CGGUGCAUACUUAACAACGUAUGUUUCCGGUGUAUUGAGAUGCAAUAAAGCAACAAGGAUGUAUUCUAUCAAAUCAUGGCUAAGUGUAAUUAUGUUGUUUUGUCACACGAAGUAUUCAGUUGGUGACAGUUUUGAAGAACGAGCCAUUUCAGCAGUGUCACUUGUCGAAAGAAAUUUACAUAUCAACGCCUGCAUUCAGAAUGCAUCAACAAAAGCAAAGCAGUUUUAUCCAACAGGUACUAGAUAUUAUGCCGUGUUAUGGAUCAGCAUGUAUUCAAGGGACUGUUUUAUAAAUAAAGACUUGUUGCCAAAAGAUAAGGAAAACAGGUUUCCGUACCGGUUGAAUAAAGAAUUAAGGUGUCAGAACUUUAGUCAAAGGGAUCCACACAUCCGAAGUAUAUUCAUCACUGUUUCAAACAUAAUUAAUGAUGCUUUGGCUAUAUUUUUCUCGCAGCCAUAUAAUCAGCUCUUCCGUGGGGUAGCCAUGGACUGGCCAUAUGCUGACAGAACCAAGUUUGUUGAAGAGGGUUUCUUCAGCUGUUCUACCGAUGUCAAUCCAGCGCUUAAUUUUGCCAGUGGAAACAUUCUCUUAAUCAUUAAAGAAUUGCGAGGUGUGUACAUAGCUGAUUAUGUACAAGAAAAGUUUGCCUACCAGAAAGAAGUGCUAGGAACUACUGUUAAAAUGUUUCUGAUAGAAGGAAAAGUUUCAGACGAGGCGGAGAUAAACACGACUAUGUCUAAAUUACCUGUUAAUAGGGCUCUCCAUCCGAAUAACCCAAAGGAAAUUAUGUAUGUUCGUCAGGUAUAUUCACCGUCUAGAGAAGAGAUAGACGCUGUGAUAAAAGAGCAGGACACCCUGAACGAGGCGUAUUGUUCGGCUGCAUGUCGUGUUAACUCUGUCAUGUUACAUAUCUGUAGUCUUCUGGCUUUACUACAUGCAAUAUCAGCAGUGUAAUCAUGUGGGCCAUAUAAAAGGUCGUUAUAAGGCCUAAAAAGAUGUUUGUUUCUGGUAUCCCGACCUACCCUAAUGUUUGGCCCGACCUAAAUGUUUUUAUGGCCUUGGAGAAUUUUAUUUUCAGCUUUUUAACAAAAAGUUGCAAAACUGCACUUUUUAUGCUUUAAACAUGGUCAGUGAUGUUAGAAAUCAACUUACUGAUGCUCUAAAGGCAUAACCCUCUUAUUUAUAUUCAUUUUUUGACACAAAAAUAAUUUCCGAAAAGUCUCACUUAAUAAAAAAAAGUAAAAAAAAAUCCGACCUACCUACCCUAAAUGUUUUUAGCAUGUUACCGGAAAGAAAGAUUUGUUUAGGACUAAAGAUAAAGCAAAUAACUUCCUUACUUUAACAAUGUCAAUUGCUUCGCUUCAAAAUCAUGCCGGCCAGAUAAGGAAGUUAAAUUAGCUUGCUUUUAUAGUAUCCGAUACUAAAAUUUACGGAAACGUUUAUGGGCCUCGCAAUGUCGCGUUAGAUAACGCAAAUAUCGACAUAUUUUCGCGAGAAAUCAACAUAUUAUCACAACAAAGCGAUAUAUUUUAUUGACUUAUUGCAUUCAUUUUUUCAAUGUUUAAUAAUUUUUCUCGAGAUCCGCGUAAGCUAUAAAGAUAUCUCGACAUAGUAUGACGAUAUAAAACGCCCCUUUCUUGAUUUACUAAAGUUCUCGUAAUAUAUUCUAGCAUAAAACUGCUGUUCUUGUCACUUUUGGGGGUGUAUUAACAAGAGAGAAGACGUGUGUUAACAGAGAGAUUUUCGCGCUCACGUGCUGUUAUAACACCUUUUUAUAUAUGCGCGUUCCGUGGCAAAGCGUAAACGUAUUACGGCUCCAAACGAAUAAUUCAAAUGGAAAUGACGUCAACGUGAAAAAACAACUCAGAUAUUCCCGCGCAUUUCAUGGAAAUUUAACCCUAAGACUGCCAGAGGGCCACUUUUGUGGCCCGGCUAAUGCACUAAAAUUGCCAGAGGGCUACUUUUGUGGCCCGAAACCUGCUUAGUUUAGGAUCGAUAUGGAACGUUUAAUUCAGUAUCUUAUUGCUAAAAAGAAGGUUUGAUGAAAUGUAAAUACUUGUUAUUUUGUACACUUACUAACGUCAUUUGCGCCGUGACGUCGUCUACGUGAUGUUUCCCGCCGUAAAUUUUCAAUUACGUUGGUAAUUGAAUUUGUUUGUACAGUUUUAUCUGAUACUGUAUUUCUAUAAAAAAUGCGUGGAAAGAAAAUUUUCGAUACACUGGGCCCUCGUUUUGCAUGAAAUACAUAAUGGUUAACGUAUGUAAUUUGUAUGAUAUAUAUUGUACGAAAUGAAUUUAUCCUUCGUUCUGAAUGGGCUUUGUGCUAAUGCAGACAGUUUACUGAGCUUCAUCAUUGAAUCUAGACAAUGAAGUUUGUAUAAAUAUGGUAUAUUUUCUACCCUGCAAUUGUAUAGCACACGUGUGAACGUUUCAGUUUGCUCAGUAUAAAAGCAUUUUUUCUUGUAUGUUCGUUGUCUCGUUACUUUUCUCCGUCCAGGAAAGACAAUUCACUUGUUUCUAUCUUCGAUUACUGUUUAACUCCCCUUUCGGAAAUUAUCAACAGACGCACAGUCAGUGAAAGAGAAAGAUUUUUGCAGGGAGAUUGAAAUAGUUAAAAUAUACGAUAAAGUAGAGGAUAGUAAAAUUUGGUUGAUAACACACUUCGUUACAACUAAUUGCAUGUAUGUUGGCAUACUACCUGCUUGAAAGAUUCAAGCUUGAGCAGAACAAUACGACGAGAGUAUUUGGAAAAAGGAAAAUUUAUAAUAAUUGGAAUGUAUGUGGGAAGACGUUACACACGUGAACAUUUAUAACACUAUAAGUUAACUUUUCCAAAAUGGAGAACAUAUGGAUGGAAGUGUUUCCACCGGAAAAGAUGAGAAUAAUCGAAAACAUUUGCCAGAUCGUUAUGUCUAGCCUGUUUGUUUAACGCCGUUUUUAACAGUAAAAUCAGUCAUGUAACGGCGGGCAGUUAACCUAACCAGUGUUCCUGGAUUCUGUACCAUGUCAAACCUGUUCUCCGCAAGUAACUACCAACUUCCCCACAUGAAUUAUCAGAGGUGGAGGACUAAUGAUUUCAGACACAAUGUCGUUUAUCAAAUAGUCACGGAGAACAUGCGCCCCGCCCGAGGAUCGAACUCGCGAUCCAGCGGUCCGUAGACCAACGCUCUUACCUACUGAGCUAAGCGGGCGGGCUGUAGUUUAUUUCAUGUUCAUUUUCGUAAUGAAUUUGAUGAGAAAAAUUGUGACAGAGACGAAGAAGUAACACAUUGAUAUUAUGUUGAAUCAUUCUGUUAUGGAUUGUAACCAGUACCCCGAUUA